CAAACUUUGCUUUCUAAAAUAAUGGGCGUGGCGCCACAAUCGGUUUUUGAUUCUGUGUUUAUACAUAAAAAGUAAAAAAAUACAGCAGAAUGUGGUAUUUAAUAAAUUCAGCCGGACAGCGCUUUUAUUUGAAAUCCAAUAAAGAAGUGACAUUUGGUAGAAAAAAGAGUGACAUCCUCUUGCAAAAUGAUGAAUCUAUUAGUAGAUUGCAUGCUUCUAUAUGUAUUAAGCCCAAAGAAAUAGUAAAGACUGAUGAACCUACAUCUACAUGCGAAUUGAAAGAUAUGGGUUCAAAAUAUGGUACAUACAUUAUUCUGAAUGAAACAGAAAAGAUAGAAGUUACUACGGAAGGAUAUAAAUUAAAGGACAAAGAUACAAUACGAUUUGGUUUGCAGUUUCACACAUUUACUGUAGCAUAUAUACCAAUUAUAACAGUUGUGUCAUCUAUGAACGAUACUGAUAAAAUCAAACUGCAGUGCAUAUUGGAUGAAAUUGAUGGAAUGAUUUCUGCUGAAUGGACAUGUAAUUGUACUCAUUUAACAGUAUCAAAGGCUAAUUUAACUGAGAAGGUUACUUGGGCUAUGGCUUCUGCAGUACCAAUAGUAAAUUUAAGUUACUGGGAAGAAACUAAAUGCGCUGUUGACAAUGGCAAAGAACUCCCAAAACCAAUAGACUUUGUUCCACCAAUUAAAGAAACGCUAGUUAAUAGUGGUAAUGCAUCGCUCUCUGUAAAUGAGAAACGGCAAACAUUAUUUAAAAAUUUAAUAUUUGUGCACUUCAGUACACGUCAGUUUAAAAUGUUUGGAAGAAUGAUUAACAUGGCAGGUGGUAAAUCACUUUUAUAUUCAAAGAAACCUUUGAGCAUUAAAGAGCUCUGUGCACCUAAUGUUAUUGUGCUACAGUAUUCUGACAAUGAUUCAACACAAUCAACUCAGACCAUAGUGCCUGAAUAUGAUACAAUAUACAAUGCAUUGCGAGCGAGUAAACGUAAAAUGAUAUCUGAAACUGAAAUUCCACUUGCGAUUUUAUACUGUUCUGUAAAAAAACACUGUAAUCCGAAAUUCAGUUUUACAGAAUUUUUGAAAAGAUCGCAGUUGAAGUCCGACUCUGCUGAAGUUUUAGCUCUUGAUACACAGGAUGUAAUGUCUGAUGUGAGAGUACUUCCAAAAGUUAUUUCUAAUAUUCCAAUACAUUCAAACUUAAAUGUAAAGACUACCGCACAAGAAGCUACAAUUAUUCCUGAAUCAUAUGAUAGUACCUAUUCGUCAAGUAAUGAUAUCUCACAGUCACAAGAUAGAUGGAAAACUAUGCCAAUAGCAAGUCAGGAUACAAAAAAUCCUGUUAAUAAUAACAUUUCAAUGGAGAAAGAAAAUACAAAAAAGGUAAAAGAAAUAAAGUAUAUUCCAGAGACAAAUGAUUUAUCUUUAUCGGACGUAUCACAAAAUGAUACACAAUGUUCUAUACGGAGAACUCCUUCUUUACGACAAAAAGACACGAACUCACAAGAAAUUGCUCUAGUAAAAGAGUCAAUGAUAGCAAAUAAAGGAUCUCCAUCACAUGAAGUAAUUGAUGUAAGCGACGAAGAGGAAGAAGAUAAUAAAUUCAAAGACAAACGACCAAAUGAAAAAGAAUGCAAUAAAAUUUCCAAUAAUAUUUUAAGUCAAGAAAAAUUGGAUAAACUGCUUAGUGCACAUAGUUUAGAAGAUGAGGAUUUAAAAGUAAAAGAAAACAAUUCUUCACAAAAAAAUUAUAUACUUACAGUUAGAGUAGACCAUAAGAAUACACCGAAAGCAAUAUCGCAAACAGUAGAAAAACACGUUAAAAAACCAACAGAAAGAAAUAAACGUUCUGUUGAACUCCAGGAUGACGAGGAAUUUGUAAAACCUACUAGUAAAAGGUUUUGUUUGGAAAAUUCAGUCGUUAAAAGUUCUACGUCACUGUGUUCUGAGAACCAUGAUAGGUACACUAGUAUGUUAAGUAAGAGUUCCUCAUUUCUUCGUGCAAGUCCAAAUUUUAAGAAAUUUAGAAAGGUCAGUAACAUAAUUCCUCAGCAGAGAAUAACAUUGAGUGAUAUGUAUGUAUGGGACAAGUUCGAUCUACAAAAUUUGAAUGUAUCUGAACGGACCUAAAACUACAUAUUUAUUAAGUUUAUUUGUAUUUAAAACAAAUUUUCUUGUACAAUACAAUAUAUUUGAUAAGCGAACAAUGAAUAGUUAAUAACUACUUUAACACAUAUAUUACAUAAGAUAUUACAUCCGUUGGAUUUAAGUGUCAGUAUUGUAAAAUAAAUUAUUACUUUUUACUUAUGUAUAUUUAAACAUCCUA